AGCAGCACUUCAUGAGACCAUAAUGACAAGGACACAAGCAUACAACUCUUCUCAGUGCAGUGAUGCGGCGGAAGCUGUUCGAGGAGCAUUGUAUCUUGUACCAUCAUUCUUUAACACUUGCUCGGCAGCCGGAACAUUUUUCGUCUUUGUCUACAUUUACAUUCGUUUCAGCUUCAGAAUUUAUUACCAUAUAAAUGCAAAGAUUUUAAUUUUUCUCAACAUGAUGUCGUUUCUCUCCAUUUCACUGGCCACCCUCAUCAACUACGGAACACUAUUCAUCAAUGCACUUUUAGCCACUGAUGAUUGCGAUUUUCUCUUCUUGACACCCAGUUGCUCUUUCAUUCGUCGCAUGUUUUUAUUCAGUAUAAUGUUGACAACGUUAACACACGCCUCGCUGACUUUGGAGCGCGCCUACGCUACCUAUCAGCUUGGAGCUUAUGAGAAAACGGGGCCACGGCUUGGGCUGGUGCUCGGAGGCGUCUCGUUGGUUGGUGCAGUUGUUAUGGUCACGGCGACCACUUCACCAGAAAACUCAGGGGAAAUGCUCACAAACUGUUUUGCAUUCUCAUCUUCUCCAUCUAUUGGAGAUAAUGUGUACAACAUGUUCCGCCUUCAGUUGGCUCUAGAGAUCGGGACAUGGGUGAUGUACUUCAUUCUUGUCACCUAUCACAAGAUGAAAGUUCGUCAGCAAGUCGAAGGGCACUUGGCCGAUAGAUUUCAAGCCAUUGAAAAUAUGAUUGUGCUCCGUCAGCUUCGACCACUAAUUCUCAUUUCAAGCGCUAUCAUUGGUGUAUACAUAAUCUUUUCCUCGACGGGACGCUUUUUGCGUAGUGUUCUUUCGCUCACACAUUACAAGCAGUUUGCUUCGAUUAUCUUUGUGAUGCCUCACAACGCUUUUAUUUCAAUGACCCUCUACUAUUAUUUAUUCAAAUGGGGAUUCCAGGAGAAAAAGAAAAGAAUGGAGGACACUUUAACUUCACCACUGACCGAACGAAAAACACACAUGCAACAACUCCAGGAGCAAUGGAAUGAUGGAUUCCGGAUCAAAGAGCUUGAAAGCCAAUCUCCGCGAACAAACGGCCCGCCCAGCAAAUACGCGUCAGUAUAAUUAUUUUUUGAAUACUUGAUAUUUUUUCCGGCGAUUUUUUUUGUCACAGUCUUUCUUUUUUGCUAAGAUCUGUUGUAAAUUGUUGUGAUUUUUUUUCAAUUUGUGCGUUGCUUCUUAUAGAUUUUGCUGUAAACAUUUUUGCUUUGUCCAGAAUAUUAGAAAUAAAAUAUUGAAGUUAAUACAA